GCCUACACGCUAUUUGACAGUGGAGCCAAAAUGGACGCUAUAUCGCCGGACUUUGUCUGCGCGGUCCAUAUCCCAAUUCUCCAAUUGGAGAACCCAGUCGUCCUUCAAAUGGGGAUGAAAGGAACAAGAUCACAGAUCCUGUUUGGAACAAAUGUGGAUGUUGAGAUCAAUGGCCACGUAGAAAAACACUACUUUGAUGUGAUUAACAUCGAUAGAUAUGAUGCCAUAUUCAGUCCCACUUCCCACAGUCACCCACUACCAUGCACUGGUCCACCAGCCCACUUUCCCCAACAACUCCCGCUACCGGUACGCUCCCAUGAGCGCCAAGUCACCAUUGGCCAACCCACAGGUUGUACUUCCAUACACUCAUCCUAUUCCGCUCUCUCUCUGAUGGCUAUGCAGCCACCUCCAUUAGUGAGCCGAACAGCUCAGGUUGGGUUCCCCGGAACCCAUUCCUGUAACAUGAACCAUCGAAUCCCAUUAAAGGAUCCGAACAAGAAAUUUCGGGAAAACACCCCGAGAUGUCCUGCAGCACUGCAGAAAGCACUAGCGACCAAAAUAGAUCGCUAUGUAAAAGCAGGAUGGUGGUAUCCCAUGAGCAGUGAGCAAGCAUGCCCACUACUGUGUAUCUGCAAA